CAAGACACGCCCCACGACGUCGUCUCUUGCGUUGGAAGAAGCGGAAGAAGAUGGCGCUCACCAGCUUUUUACCUGCACCUACUCAGCUAUCUCAGGACCAACUUGAAGCUGAAGAGAAAGCAAGAUCUCAGAGAUCACGGCAAACCUCACUUGUCUCCUCUAGAAGAGAACCUCCCCCAUACGGGUACCGGAAAGGCUGGAUACCCCGGUUGUUAGAGGAUUUUGGAGAUGGAGGUGCUUUUCCAGAGAUCCACGUGGCCCAGUAUCCGCUGGAUAUGGGACGGAAAAAAAAAAUGUCAAAUGCAUUGGCCAUUCAGGUGGAUCCUGAAGGGAAAAUUAAAUAUGAUGCAAUUGCUCGACAAGGACAGUCAAAAGACAAGGUCAUUUAUAGCAAAUACACUGACCUGGUUCCAAAGGAGGUUAUGAAUGCAGAUGAUCCAGACCUGCAAAGACCUGAUGAGGAAGCUAUUAAAGAAAUAACAGAAAAGACAAGGGUAGCCUUAGAGAAGUCUGUAUCGCAGAAGGUUGCCGCAGCUAUGCCAGUUCGAGCUGCUGAUAAGCUGGCUCCUGCUCAGUACAUCCGAUACACACCAUCCCAGCAAGGAGUAGCAUUCAACUCUGGAGCUAAACAGAGAGUUAUUCGGAUGGUAGAAAUGCAGAAAGAUCCAAUGGAACCUCCACGGUUCAAGAUUAAUAAGAAGAUUCCCCGGGGACCACCUUCUCCUCCUGCCCCUGUAAUGCAUUCUCCUAGUCGAAAGAUGACCGUAAAGGAACAACAAGAGUGGAAGAUUCCUCCUUGUAUUUCCAACUGGAAGAAUGCAAAGGGCUAUACAAUUCCAUUAGACAAACGUCUUGCUGCUGAUGGAAGAGGACUUCAGACAGUACAUAUAAAUGAAAAUUUUGCCAAGCUGGCUGAAGCUCUGUACAUUGCUGAUCGAAAGGCUCGUGAAGCUGUGGAAAUGCGUGCCCAAGUAGAGAGAAAAAUGGCACAGAAAGAAAAGGAAAAACAUGAAGAGAAACUUCGAGAAAUGGCCCAGAAGGCCAGAGAGAGGAGAGCUGGAAUCAAAACCCAUGUGGAAAAAGAGGAUGGAGAGGCACGUGAAAGAGAUGAAAUCCGGCACGACAGGCGAAAAGAGAGACAGCAUGAUCGGAACCUUUCCAGGGCAGCUCCUGAUAAGAGGUCAAAACUACAGAGAAAUGAAAAUCGAGAUAUCAGUGAAGUCAUUGCUCUUGGUGUGCCCAAUCCUCGAACUUCCAAUGAAGUUCAGUAUGACCAAAGGCUCUUCAACCAAUCCAAGGGUAUGGACAGUGGAUUUGCGGGUGGAGAAGAUGAAAUUUACAAUGUCUAUGAUCAAGCCUGGAGAGGUGGUAAAGACAUGGCCCAGAGUAUUUACAGGCCCAGUAAAAACUUGGACAAGGACAUGUAUGGUGACGACCUAGAAGCCAGAAUAAAGACCAACAGGUUUGUUCCUGACAAGGAGUUUUCUGGUUCUGACCGUAGACAGAGAGGUCGUGAAGGACCAGUUCAAUUUGAGGAAGAUCCUUUUGGUUUAGACAAGUUCUUGGAAGAAGCUAAACAGCAUGGUGGCUCUAAAAGACCCUCAGACAGCAGCCGCCCUAAGGAACAUGAGCAUGAAGGCAAGAAGAGGAGGAAGGAGUAGACACACUCUCUUCACAGUGAACGGACUAUUUAUAGCCCUAAUGAUGUCUCCCGGGGGGAACACUUUGUAAAUGGUCAGGAUAAAACCAAAAUCUGGGUGCCAGAUCCAGUGCAACUUUUUACUACCGGAGAUGGGGUUAAAUAUUCUACUUUGAACAAUUUAGUUUUUUAAGUGUGGGUUGUGUUUGCUUCUCCCACCUUUUGGCACUUAAGAGAAUAUACUGCCCCACAUGCAGAACUGAGACCAUUUCCUUUGUGGGACAUUAGUAUUCCAGGGUAUUAAUUUGUGUAAGAACUUCUUAUGAAUAAAGUUAUCCCAAUCACAAUGAGUAGGAAAAUGUUCACAUAUUGGAACUGUGCAACCAAACAAAUUUUGCCCCUGCUGUAGCUAUUAUUCUUUGGCAUGGGGAAGUAAGGUGUUGCUAGUACAACUAUUUCAAAUAAACAUUCAGACAGAGUUCUCAGUUACAUAUGUUUAAUAGGUAGUUCACUAAUAAUCUCAGAAAUCUUUCUCUUCAUCAGAUGUUUGAUCCCCCUGCAAAAUUCUGGGUCGCCGAGCUUGAACAUGGAGCUAAAAAAAAAAAAAAAUCAAAUAAACAGUGUAAGAAAAA